AUGAAUCUCAAAAAGAAGGUCCGGGUCGCGGUCUCCAAAGAUCGCAUCCGAUUCAAUGACAAAAAGCACAAUCUCGACUUGUCCUACAUCACCAACAACCUCAUUGCGAUGGCCUUUCCGGCUACGGGGAUCGAGGCCACCUACCGAAACGACAUCGACGAAGUGUCUCGCAUGUUGCACACUUACCACAAAAACAACUACAUGAUCUGGAACCUCAGAAUACCGCGCACGCUACGCAGUGGCCGGUUGUACGACUACUCCAAGUUCAACCACCAAGUGCUCAACUUUGGGUUUCCCGACCACCACUCGCCACCGCUCGACCUUCUCUUUCAAAUCAUCGUCUCCAUGGACAACUGGCUCAGCGCCUCCCCCGAGCACGUUGCCGUCAUCCACUGCGUCGGCGGCAAGGGUCGCACGGGCACGGUGAUCAGUUGCUACCUCAUCUUCACGGGCUACUUUGCCGAUCCGCAAGAAGCCCUGCUCCAUUUUGCCUACAUGCGUUCCAUGAAGGAACGCGGCGUCACGCAGACCUCACAGAAACGUUAUGUUACCUAUUUCCAGAACAUUUUGCGCAACACCGUGCGACCGCAUCCCAAGGUGCUUCGAAUCCGGCGAGUUGAGUCGUCGUCGAUCAUCUGGGACGUGGAUUGCAUGGUAAAGGGCGACGUGCUGAUCAAGUUCUACCACCUCAAGGAGAACAAGGAAAAGGUGCUCGACAAGACGAAGGAGGGGUCGAAGAAGAAGUUCGAGCAGAGUAUGUUUCGAUUCUCCUUCCACACGGCCUUUGUCGAGCUGGAACAGGGCGGGCUCAUACUCAAGAAGGGCGACCUCGACAUCUACCACAAGCCCAAGCGAUUCCGGGACUCGAUUGAGCGCGACGAGUUUGGGGUGAUCGUCAUCAUGGAGGAGGUGGAGGAGCACAUGGCCCAGCUUUACGGCGAGGAGGAUGCGGCGAUCACCGCCACUUACGAACAAUUUUUCCAGAAGAUCACCUCGGAACGCAUACGCUCGAGACACGAGAGCCUCCUUGUGGUGAACGACGAGGACCAAGAAGAGAGCAACGCGGACACGGACGCGGAGACCGACGAGGAGCUGGAGGAGGACAAUGACAGUGACGGCGACGAUGACGAAAGCAGCAGCUGCGGACAGGGCGAUCUCGAACGCAGCACCUCGUCGGACGCGGUGCCGGAAUCGGUGCCGAAGACGGGCGGCUCGGAGGUCGUGCGACAGCGCGAAAAGGAGAAAGAGAAAGAGAAAAAGAAGAACGAAGCGGCAUCGUCAAAGAGCGAAGUCGAAGCGACCGGGACGGAAGCGAAAGAGAGAAAGAAGAGCGAAGGUGAUGAGGGGAGCACAGAGAAAGGCGACGGCAGCGCGGAGGAGAAGGCCAAAGGGGCGGUGGAAGAGAAGGAAGAGAAGGGCGCCCCGAGUACGCGGCCGCCGGAGAAGGCGCUCAAGAAGAAGGGCUCGAUGCGGGCCAUCAGGAAGAAGCUGAGCAAGCUCAAGAAGGCGAGCGACGGCAGUGGAAGCUCCAUCCGCCGCCGCAAGAAGGACACCAAGCCGACGCCGAGCGACGACGAACAGGAGGCGAGCGACAAGAGUGAAAUUAAGACGGGAGACGUGAGAGCGAAGUCGGAAAGAACGCCGAGCGACAAGGACGCGAACGGGGCGAACGGAGAGACCCAAGGCGGUCGCGUGUCGUCAGCGCUGGCGUCGUCGUUGUCGGCGGAUUUGUCGGCGAGUGGCAAGAAGCACCGACGUCCGGUCACAGUCUACGCCAAGGCUCGACAUUCGGAGGAUUCCAGCAACGGCAACACGGGCGUCAACAUCGGGCGACGGGACGGCACCACGGAUCAACAGCUAAGCGGCACCACACUACCCAAGGGGUCCGAGGGCGCGCUCGGAGAUGCGAAAGGCCUCAAGCCUGAAGCCGUUGGCUCUGCCGGCGCCGGCGCCGCCGCUGACAACGACAACGACGAUGAGGAUGCGGAAGCGAUGGCCAAGGCCGCAGCCAAAUCGCGUUUGCGCUCAACGUCGCUCAAGGACGUGCUCGCGGGUGGUAAAUCCGAGCGCAGGCCCGCCGGCGCCACUCACCUCCUCCUCGGCAGCGCCCGCGGGUCGACCCCCCAGAAGCCUCUCCCGCCGACGCCCGCCGCCUUGGGCGUGGUGGUCACCGCGGAGGAGAACGGCGGCAAGACCGAUGUCGACGUCGAGGGCGCCGUCACCGAUGAUCGUCCGCCGUCGCCGUUGCCGUCACCGCCUUCUUCGCCCAUCUUCUCGCCGGGUUCGCGCUCGCCCAUGUGGGGCGCGGACGGCGGCGCUGCUCGUCGGUCCGCUGGCGCCUCGCUCUCCUCGCACCGCUGCUCCGUGGCCACGCCCUCCUCGCUGGGCCGGCCACACGAAGGCUAA